AAGAGCAGACAGCUAGCAGACAAAGAGCAAACAGAGAUCAUAUGGAGAGCAGUCAGAGAGCAGUCAGAGAGCAGAAAUAUAGCAAACAGAAAAAACAGAUAUAAAACAGACAUAGAGCAGACAAAACAACAAAAAAAAGGGCAGACAGAGAGCAGAAAAAGAGCAGACAAAGAGCAGACAGAGCAGCAGACAUCAGACGGAAAACAAGUAAAAAGCAGACAGAAAACACAAAAAAAAACGGACAGAGAACAGACAGAAACUGACAGAAUGCAGACAGAAAACAGGCAAAAAAACAGACGACAAGCUGAAAGAAAACAGAGAGAAACUACAGAAAAUAGAAAGAAACAGACGGAAAACAAGCUGAAAACAGACAGAAAACAGAUAGAAACUGAUAGAAAGCAGUCAGAAACAGACAAGAAGUAGACAGACAACAAGGAGACAGAAAACAGGCAAAAAUAGACAGAAAACAGUUUGGGCACUGACAAAAAACAGGCAGAAAUCAUACAUAGCACAGACAGAAAACAGACAAUAACAGACAGAACAGACAUCACCGGAGACUUCAAAACCUGACAUUGAACAGAUUUAUCUGAAGAUCUAUCCCAUGUUCAUCAUAGAAUCGUUAAAGAAACUUGCCUGAACCGUAUUUCAGGGAAAUAUUUUGAUAAAUUCGGGCAAAAUUCUUGUUUUUGGUAGAAUUAUUUCCGUUUUUUGUAGAUUACGAAUGAUUUCAUUGAAGUGUUCAGAGAACGAAUCUCCUGAGUUCACGUAUUUCUCUUAAGAUUCUGAAUGGAUUUUUUCAACCAUAUGACCUUAAUUUUUAUCCAUCAAUUCUCAACGAUAUUUUCCAAUAUUGUUGAUGAAAUUUUGGUAUAUUCAAAUGGAAUUCCUUCGCCGAAUUCGUGACAUGAACUUUGGAACAAUGUUCUCAUGUCCCCAGACAUUUCUGCUAUGAGAAGGUUGGCAGAUUUUUGUUUUGAGAAUUCCAAUGAUUAUUAUAUUUCAUUUCUGAUUAAGGUUUUCAGAUUAUUAUUUUGAUAUUCAACUA